AUGUCCAACAUGGCCGACCAGAUGGACGUUUGGGCCCUGACCGAGUGGGACAAGCCGCUGCAGAAGAUGCGCCUGCCCAAGCCGACGCUGCAGGGCCGCGACGUGCUGCUGCGCGUGACGCAUGCGGGCGUCUGCCACUCGGACCUGCAUACGGCCGAGGGCUUCUACGACGUCGGCAAGGGCCAGCGAUUCUACGUCAAGGACCGGGGGAUCACGCUGCCACGCGCGCUUGGCCACGAGAUCUGUGGCGAGGUGGUGGCCGUGGGUCCCGACGUGGCUGCCGGCAGCCUGGCCGUGGGCUCGCGCCAGAUCGUGUAUCCGUGGCUUGGCUGUGCUGCCUGCACGCGCUGCCGCCAGGAGGAGGACAACCUGUGCGCGGCGCAGCGCGGCCUCGGAACGCUGCAGCACGGCGGCUUUGCCGAGUAUGUCGUGGUGCCGGAUCCCAAGUAUCUCGUCGAUCUCGGCUCGCUCGAUCCGGCUGUCGCCUGCACUUUUGGCUGCUCCGGCAUCACGACGCUCAGUGCCGUCGGCAAGGUCAUGCCACUGCCGCCCGACGAACCCGUGCUUCUGAUCGGUGCCGGUGGCCUCGGCCUCGCUGCCAUCUCCGUCCUCCGGUCCUACGGCCAUCGCGCCAUCGUCAGCGCCGACAUCAGUGACGAGAAGCUCGACGGAGCCCGCGCGGCUGGUGCUUCCCAGACCGUCAACACGGCCGGCCCCGAUGCCGCCACAAAGAUCCUCGCGGCUACCGGUGGCCCCGUCCUCGCCGUCAUCGACUUUGUCAACAGCUCCGCCACUGCUGCCCUCGUCAACGGGCUCGUCGCCAAGGGCGCCAAGUGGGUGCAGGUCGGCGUCAUGGGCGGCUCCCUCGAGCUCUCCCUCGUCGGCAACAUCUUCAAGGGUCUCACCAUCUCGUCCAACAUUACCGGCAACCUCGCUGAUCUGCACGCCCUCGUCAAGAUGGCCAAGGACGGCAAGCUCGCCCCGGUACCCGUCCAGAAGAUGGACUGGAAUGACGUGAACGAGGCCAUGGGCCUGCUCAAGGCCGGCAAGGUAACUGGUCGUGUCGUUCUCGUUAAAUAG